AUGGACCCUAUCUAUGCUUUCUCUAAUCAUAAAGACAAUGUGGACGAGUGCAUUGAUUCCCGUCAUAGACAAAAGAUUAGCGGGUUGGUUUGCAAACUAGACUUGGAAAAGGCAUAUGAUCACGUCGAUUGGAAUUUCUUGGAUUACAUGUUAGAUCAGUUGGGGUGUGGUCACAAGGGGAAAGAUACGACGUCAGUGGAUUAUUUACGCAAGAUUUUGGUUUGCUUUAAAGCUAUAUCGGGGCUCAAGAUUAAUGAGGCUAAAAGUGAGAUGCUUGGGAUUCAUGUCUCAGAUGAGGAAUUACAGCAGUUGGCUUUCGUUUUUAGUUGUAAAUCAAGCUCUUUUCCAUCAUCCUACUUGGGUCCUCCUCUUCGCAUAGGAAAGUCAGCCAAGCAUCUAUUGGUGAGGGUUAUUGAGAGAAUUGAGCGGAAGCUCAUUAAUUGGAAGUGUCAGACCCUAUCUUUUGGCGGUCGGUUAACCCUCUUAAAAACUGCUUUCUCCAACAUGCUGGUUUAUUUCAUGUCCAUUUUCAAAUGCCCUAAGUUAGUGCUUGGUGAAAUUGAAAAAAAUGAGAAGAGACUUCCUUUGGAGAGGGGCUAA